GCCGCGUGCUGCAUUGGAGCAACAGUUGUUCCUCUGUUAGAAUAUGAGUGAAAAAAGCAUUGAAAAAGGAAGUAACCCAAACAAUCAAGUUUUUAAAGACGCUGAAAAUCAAAUUAAAGAGGUCUGUGAGGUAUUGCAAAGAGAAGCAACAAGACUUCGUCAGGAGCAAGAAGCAAUCGACGCCAUGUCGAAGAAAAUAGACCAUGUCCACCUUUCUUCGACGAUAAACCUCAAUGUUGGCGGCCGCCGUUUCACGACAAGUCUUCAGACGUUGACUAAAGAUCCAGACUCGAUGUUAGCUGCCAUGUUCUCCGGGAAGUUCGAGGUUAGACCUUCCGAAGACGGAGCUUUCUUUAUCGAUCGAGAUGGGAAACACUUCCGGUUCAUACUCAACUAUCUCCGUGAUGGAGAGUUGAUUGUACCAGAGGGUGCUAAAUUCCUCAAGGAACUCGAAGCUGAGGCUAAGUUUUACCAGAUUAAGGGGCUACUGGAAGAUCUGAAGUAUAAAAUGCUGAAGUAUUUUAAAGAAUCAGCGAUACUGAUGAAUGUAGAGCAGCGGAGUACACUUAAAGGUUGGUUGCCUCCACGAGACAGCGAAUGGCAUCUUCUGUUCCGAGCUUCGCGAGAUGGUUUCACCGCUCAAGCCUUUCACUCCAAAUGUGAUAACAAAGGACCCACAGUUACCAUUGUAAGAAGUGGAAACAAUAUUUUCGGUGGUUUCACAGAAAAUUCGUGGAACAGUCAGGGUAAUUACCUGCACUGCUCACAGUCAUUCUUAUUCAGCAUGGUGAAUCCGCAGGGAGUGGCUCCGAGUAAAAUGCCACUUGCCAAAAAUCAGCAAAAUGCUAUUUACUGUGGGAGCGGCAAUGGACCAACAUUUGGAGGAGGGCAUGACCUCUUUGUAUCAGAUAGCGCAAACACAAGUGGUUCAAGUUACAAUAAUCUCGGCCACACCUAUCAGCUUCCCACCGGACAGCAGAACAGCUUCUUUACAGGAGCUAGAAAUUUUAAUGUGACAGACUACGAAGUGUUUGGAAUCUACCAGUGACAACUGUCACAAACACUUGAAAAGCCAGCAGGUUAAGCGUCACGAUGAUUUGAACGAUCUUCUCGGUUAUGACUUUUUUAAAAGGUUUAUUUUCAUUUUCAUUUUCUCAAAAGCAUUUUUUCUUCUGUCCACCAAGGCAAAGAGCAAGAUUCCCGUAUAACACCAUGCUACACAUGUACAGACACUUUUUCAAGCAAAGUUGCUGCUUCAUACAGUUCAUGGAUAAAGAAAGCAAGACCAAAAAAAAGCAAAAACAGUAGAUUGUCUUUGUGACUACGGCUUUGUUUUAGAUUAGUAUGGGGUUACAGAAAAAAGCCGUGGCAAGUAGUGAUCAGCGG